GCGUCGCUUGCUGACAUAGCAGAGAGAGAGAGAGAGAGAGAGAUGUGUCCUAGAGCAACUUCGACAUGCGAAAUCUGCGAGAAAGUUGUAUCCAAAUACAAGUGUCCUUCCUGCCUUGUUCCUUACUGCUCCUUGGGUUGUUUCAAGAAGCACAAAGAGACUCCAUGUGCUAAACCUUCUUCAGCCGAGGAGAAGCCAGUUUCUCCAGCAAAGGAAGUCUCAAAAGAUGUGGUUGUAAACACAGAGCACAAGGCUAGUGCUUCAUCUAUAGCAAAGGAAGUUCCAGUGGCAAGACCGAUUACUGUGGAGGAAGAAAAGUAUGUUGUUGAGAAGACACAGCUCGAGGCUAUCGCUUCUUCUAGUGAAAUCAGAGAAGCUCUAAAGGAUGAAGCCCUUCAGAAACUCAUCUUUAAUAUUGAUAAUUCUUCCAACCCUCUACAGGAACUUGAUGAAGCCAUGGGAGUAGAAGCUUUCCGCGUACUCACAGAAAAGAUUCUGUCAAACAUUUCCAAGAGUAAUGACGACAAGCAAUGAUCGUUUUCGCAGCGUCCAAACAGAAGUUUCUAGUACUACACUCUUGAUUAUUGUUUUCGUUACGAAGUGUUAUUAGCUUGCAGGAGAGAUUUUCAUUGUCUUAUAGAAAAUCAAGACCGUUUUGGUUUAACCCAUACAUCUCUUCUCUUACUCACCUUACCUAUCUAUACUUACCCUCAAGAUUCCAGGUUCUGAAAAUUUACAGAAACAACGAAAAAAGGGG